GCUCACAGCGCCUUGGACAAGGAGCGAAUAGCGACAACGUGGGUUCAUCGGAGUCGGCAAACAGGCAUCUCCCUCCGAACCAUGUGGCAGAGACUAGUCAGCCAGCAGUUCAGGAAACAAUUACAGAAUGUGUCCAUUCCGACGAUUGGCCGGCGGUCAGUCAGCGGUUUCAAGAUUGAACGCCUUGACCACUUCGUCAUCACCGUCGCCGACAUCAACACAUCCGUCGAUUUCUACACGCAAGUUCUGGGCAUGGAGGUCGCUACAUUUAAAGGUCGCAAGGCGCUCAAUUUCGGCCUCUCUAAGAUUAAUCUCCACGAGCGUGGCAAGGAGUUUGAACCCAAGGCCAGUUCCCCGACCCCAGGGUCUGCUGAUGUCUGUUUCAUCACCCACACGAAGCUGAGCGAGGUCAUAGAGCAUCUCAAGAGCUGCAACGUCACUAUCAUGGAGGGACCAGUAGAACGGACUGGAGCUGUUGGACCAAUCAGCUCCGUCUACUUCCGAGACCCGGAUGACAACCUGAUCGAAGUGUCCAACUAUCCCGACAACAUCAAAUCAUGAAAACAGCUGUCAGUAACACGUGACGCUCGUAUUGCUGUUACCGUGGUGUCGUGCUUCCGAUUUAUCAAAGGUGCUUUUCCGAAUGAGAAGAAUAUAUCCAAGUAAUUCAUGGCUGAAAUAUCCGUUGAUCUACUUUGAUGACAGGUAACAUUCCAAUGGUCAAGUGACACUGCACAAUAUUAGCAGGCAAAAUGUUUGACUCUUAAGGAUUCAGCUGCCUUGCUUAGAGGAAGCCAUGUCAUCAUGGCGCACCGUUGCUUGCUUGGCAUCAUGGUUGCACUGCUUGCUACGACAAUGUUUGAACUGUCCACUUACCGGGUUUAAUUAGCAGGCAAAGUUUAAUUAUGAUUAUUGCAUGCGUCACUUGUUUUUCGUCAGUUGUUUACAUAUAAUUAUUGUGUAUAUCUCAUUUAACCAGGUGGGGGCAGUGGUUAAGCUUUCGCUCGUCACGCCGAAAUACCGGGUUCGAUUCCCACAUGGGUAUAUUGUGUGAAGCCCAGUUCUAGUGUCCCCCGCCGUGAUAUUGCUGGAAUAUUGCUAAAAGCGGCGUAAAGCCAUACUCACUCACUCACCAGGUAUGGUGAAGUUUAACCAGGAGCCGAUGCUCUGGAUAUAGAUGUUGUGUGUCAUAAACAGAAUAAAUGUAUCGCCAUAUCAAA